UGAACGACAUAACGCUUCGCUGCAACAUUUACGAAUGCCACAGGCACCUGGCCACGCAGGCAGUCGUGACUACCUGCUCGCAUCUAUUCUGCUCAGACUGGUAGCUUGACUACAAAGACUGCGCAUCGCUGACCUCUCAGCGCCAAUAAUCUCUUCACAGCUGAGCGCAAAUGCCCCUCAUGCCAGGAACCCCUGUUGAGGCCUGAUGAUGUCGUCUUGGCCAACUUGGACCCCACCGAGUAUACAGCUCAUUGUGCAAAGAAAUGCUGACGAAAGGGACUACAAGUCGAGCGUCUUGUCUGGCCUGGCGCCAGACAUCAUCGUUGACGUCUGCAGGCGUGCCAUUGACUUCUGGACCUACCAGGCAUCGCAAGAGCUGUACGCCAUACUCGCGCGAUGACCUUCUACUGACCAGAAGGCAGCUCAAGAACUAUGAGCUCGACAAGCUGCGCAAAAACACAUCCCUCGUGGACCAGACACUAAAGAUGCAAGUCAAGGAUUCGAAGCGCGAGAUUGAACACCUCAAGUCUCAGCUAGGUGAGCUUGCUCAGGAGCGACAGAUGUACAAGACAAAAGCAUCUGAACUUGGCAUGCAAUUGCAGGAAAAGCGUCAGCAGCAUGAUAAAUUACAGAUGGCAUAUGACAAAAUCAAACGCAAGGGGCAGCCAAUGAUCCAAGCAGGUGUCAAAGACCCUAGUCUGGGAGUCAUUGCGGACCGUCGUCAUUCGUGGCAAGAGAGAUGUAUGUAUCAAAGAACAAGCACUCGCUGACAAGUAGCGGAUCCACCUUACCAUGGCAUUGGCCGACCGCUCGUGACGGCAAAUUCAGCAUCCCUCAACAGUCGCACAGCUGCCAUGUAUGGCAACCAGUAUCCACA